AUGGCAAACACCACUCCUCUCCUAGAUCACUACGCCAUCCUGAACAUGGCCCGUCCCGCGUCGCCAGAAACCCUCUUCCUCGCCUUCCAGUUUGAGAUGCUGAGCCUGGGUGCGCUUCCCGUCGAGGAUGUCGCUGCUCGCUUCGAUCAGGUGUUCGAUGCGUACGAGACGUUGAAAGAUGCGACGAAGAGAGAGGAGUUUCAUCGUCUUUGGGAUAUUGAGGAGAAGAGGAAGGAGGGGGAGGAAGCGGCUAGGAGACGGGAAGAGAGGGAGAGGAGACGGAGGGGAGGAGGCCGCGGAGGACGGGCAAGUCGAUUUAUCGAGAUACUUGAUGAUUGA